GGAGGUAAGUGCGCGCGCGCCUGCUCGCCUGCAGCCGUGGAGUCGCGCGGGGCGGGGCCGCGUGCGCGGGGUCGGGGGCGCGCGACCGAAGCGGACAAGGGACGCGGAGGCGGUUGGCUGUGGCUGUUGAGGGAGUACAGGACAGCCAGGACCGCGAAAGGCGGCGGCGGAGGCAGUAGUUGUACUGGCAGAGGCGGCCGCUGGCAGCAGUUGAGGCGGCGGUCCAACGCGUGCUCUCUGGGCGGGGUGCGGCGGGGGAUGUGCCUGCCCAGGCCGGGCGGAGUCUCUCUGACAGGGCGGGGGAUGCGCCGCGGCCGCUCGCCCGGACCCUGAGGCUGCUGGGCCCACCCUCCCGGAACCGUCCGACCCUCGGUGGCCUCGACCUCUUCUGCCAUCUCCGGCCCGACCCUGGGGCGGAGGGUGGAAGGCAGCUUCCGUCGAAGAGGAGGGGGCUGCGGUGGCCACCGCGGCGGAGCCCGAGUUAUUUUACCAAGAAAAUGGUUUGCACGACUUUGAACAUAUACUAUCCAUGCUGAUGGGACAGGAUCCAAUAUGAAUAUAAAUGAUGGAGGAAGACGACGCUUUGAAGAUAAUGAACAUACAUUACGGAUAUAUCCUGGGACUAUUUCAGAAGGGACAAUCUACUGUCCGAUUCCUGCCAGAAAAAACUCCACAGCUGCUGAGGUGAUUGAGUCUCUUAUAAACAAACUUCAUCUUGACAAAACAAAAUGUUAUGUUCUAGCAGAGGUAAAGGAAUUUGGUGGAGAAGAAUGGAUUCUCAAUCCAACAGAUUGUCCAGUUCAGCGAAUGAUGUUGUGGCCCCGAAUGGCUCUGGAAAAUCGCUUAAGUGGAGAGGACUACCGCUUUCUUCUGAGAGAGAAAAACCUUGAUGGAUCAAUCCAUUAUGGUAGCCUGCAGUCAUGGCUACGGGUAACAGAAGAACGUCGCAGGAUGAUGGAACGGGGUUUUCUUCCACAGCCUCAACAGAAAGACUUUGAUGAUUUAUGUAGUUUACCUGAUUUGAAUGAGAAAACUCUCUUAGAAAACCUACGAAAUCGCUUUAAGCAUGAAAAAAUUUAUACCUAUGUUGGCAGUAUUCUAAUAGUUAUUAACCCGUUCAAGUUUCUUCCUAUUUAUAACCCCAAAUAUGUCAAAAUGUAUGAUAACCACCAACUGGGAAAACUUGAGCCCCACAUUUAUGCUGUGGCUGAUGUAGCUUAUCAUGCCAUGCUUCAGCGCAAAAAGAAUCAGUGCAUCGUGAUUUCGGGAGAGAGUGGUUCUGGGAAGACUCAAAGCACAAACUUUCUUAUUCAUCACCUUACUGCUCUCAGUCAGAAAGGAUUUGCCAGUGGAGUAGAACAGAUUAUUCUUGGAGCUGGACCAGUACUUGAGGCCUUUGGAAAUGCAAAGACAGCUCAUAAUAACAAUUCAAGUCGUUUUGGGAAGUUUAUUCAAGUAAAUUACCAGGAAACAGGCACUGUACUUGGUGCCUAUGUUGAAAAAUAUCUACUGGAGAAGUCCAGACUCGUUUAUCAAGAGCAUAAUGAACGGAACUAUCAUGUAUUCUAUUACCUCCUUGCAGGAGCAAGUGAAGACGAGAGAUCAGCAUUCCAUCUUAAGCAACCAGAGGAAUAUCAUUAUCUCAAUCAGAUAACAAAGAAACCCCUCAGACAGAGCUGGGAUGAUUAUUGCUAUGACUCUGAGCCGGAUUGCUUCACGGUGGAAGGAGAAGAUUUGAGACAUGACUUUGAGCGCCUACAACUUGCCAUGGAAAUGGUAGGAUUUCUUCCCAAGACACGAAGACAGAUUUUCUCUCUUCUCUCAGCCAUACUGCAUUUGGGUAAUAUCUGUUACAAAAAGAAGACAUACCGGGAUGACUCCAUUGAUAUCUGUAAUCCUGAAGUUCUGCCUAUUGUCUCAGAAUUAUUAGAGGUUAAAGAAGAGAUGCUAUUUGAAGCAUUAGUUACAAGGAAGACGGUGACAGUGGGAGAAAAGCUUAUUUUGCCAUACAAGUUGGCAGAGGCUGUGACAGUGAGGAACUCCAUGGCUAAGUCUCUAUAUAGUGCCCUGUUUGACUGGAUAGUUUUUCGAAUUAAUCAUGCACUUCUGAAUAGUAAAGAUUUGGAGCAUAAUACCAAGACAUUGUCCAUUGGUGUUCUUGAUAUUUUUGGGUUUGAAGAUUAUGAAAGUAACAGCUUUGAACAGUUCUGUAUUAAUUUUGCUAAUGAACGUUUACAGCACUACUUUAAUCAGCAUAUCUUUAAAUUGGAACAAGAGGAAUAUAGAACUGAAGGUAUCAGCUGGCACAACAUAGAUUACAUUGAUAAUACCUGCUGCAUAAAUCUUAUUAGCAAAAAACCAACAGGACUGCUUCAUCUUUUGGAUGAAGAAAGCAACUUUCCACAGGCUACAAAUCAAACAUUGCUAGACAAGUUUAAGCAUCAACAUGAAGAUAAUUCUUACAUCGAAUUUCCAGCUGUGAUGGAGCCUGCUUUCAUUAUAAAACAUUAUGCUGGAAAAGUAAAAUAUGGGGUAAAGGAUUUCCGGGAAAAAAAUACAGAUCAUAUGCGCCCAGACAUUGUAGCUCUUCUGAGAAGCAGCAAGAAUGCAUUUAUCUCUGGGAUGAUUGGAAUUGAUCCUGUAGCUGUUUUCCGAUGGGCAAUUCUCCGAGCUUUUUUCAGAGCCAUGGUUGCUUUCAGGGAAGCUGGGAGAAGAAACAUUCACAGAAAAACUGGACAUGAUGAUACAGCGCCAUGUGCAAUUUUGAAAAGUAUGGAUAGUUUUAGCUUUCUCCAACACCCAGUCCACCAGAGGAGCUUAGAGAUUCUGCAGAGAUGCAAGGAAGAGAAGUACAGUAUAACCCGGAAAAAUCCCAGAACACCUCUUUCUGAUCUCCAGGGCAUGAAUGCUCUAAAUGAAAAAAACCAACAUGAUACAUUUGAUAUUGCCUGGAAUGGCAGAACUGGGAUUCGCCAGAGCAGACUAUCAAGUAGCACCUCCUUGCUUGAUAAAGAUGGAAUAUUUGCUAAUUCAACUAGCAGCAAACUCCUGGAGAGAGCUCAUGGAAUUCUCACGAGAAACAAAAAUUUCAAAUCCAAGCCUGCCCUUCCAAAGCACUUGCUAGAAGUAAAUUCUUUAAAGCACCUGACAAGACUGACACUACAAGAUCGCAUUACCAAGUCUCUUCUUCAUUUACACAAGAAGAAAAAACCUCCCAGCAUCAGUGCCCAGUUUCAGGCAUCAUUAAGCAAGCUAAUGGAAACACUUGGUCAAGCAGAACCAUAUUUUGUAAAAUGCAUUCGCUCUAAUGCUGAAAAGCUGCCCUUAAGGUUCAAUGAUGCCUUGGUACUUAGACAGCUUCGAUACACCGGGAUGCUGGAAACAGUUCGAAUUCGCCAAUCAGGAUACAGCUCCAAAUACUCUUUCCAGGAUUUUGUGAGCCACUUCCAUGUACUUCUUCCCCGAAAUAUUAUUCCAUCCAAAUUUAACAUUCAGGAUUUCUUCAGGAAAAUAAAUCUUAAUCCAGAUAAUUAUCAAGUUGGAAAAACCAUGGUCUUUCUAAAGGAGCAGGAACGACAGCACUUACAAGAUCUGCUUCACCAAGAGGUACUCCGCAGAAUCAUAUUGUUGCAGCGAUGGUUCAGGGUCUUGCUAUGUAGGCAGCAUUUCCUCCAUCUGAGACAAGCAUCUGUUAUUAUCCAGAGAUUCUGGAGGAAUUACCUAAAUCAGAAGCAAGUCAGAGAUGCAGCUGUGCAGAAGGAUGCUUUUGUUAUGGCUAGUGCAGCUGCUCUUCUCCAAGCUUCCUGGCGUGCUCACUUAGAGAGGCAGCGGUACUUGGAGCUACGGGCUGCAGCCAUCGUUAUCCAGCAGAAAUGGAGAGAUCACUAUAGGCGCAGGCACAUGGCUGCUAUUUGCAUACAAGCAAGAUGGAAAGCCUACAGGGAAAGUAAAAGGUACCAAGAACAAAGGAAAAAAAUUAUCCUUUUGCAAUCAACAUGUAGAGGAUUCAGAGCAAGACAAAGAUUUAAAGCUUUAAAAGAACAAAGGCUUAGAGAAACAAAAUCAGAAGUUGCAUUGGUGAAUAUUAAGGGAUAUGGAUCUCUGGAAAUUCACGGUUCGGACCCUUCAGAAUGGGAGGAUUGUUCUUUUGACAACAGAAUAAAAGCCAUAGAGGAAUGUAAAUGUCUAAUAGAGAGUAAUCGAAUUAGCCAUGAAAGUUCGGUGGACUGCUUGAAGGAGUCACCAAACAAGCAGCAGGAGAGAGCACAAAGCCAGAGUGGUGUGGACUUGCAGGAAGAUGUGCUUGUAAGAGAGAGACCCAGAUCCUUGGAGGAUCUCCAACAGAAAAAAGUAGGCCGGGCUAAAAGAGAAAGUAGGAGAAUGAGAGAACUAGAGCAAGCUAUAUUUAGCUUAGAAUUGCUGAAAGUUCGUUCUCUUGGUGGUGUUUCUCCUUCAGAGGAUCGCAGAUGGUCUACAGAAUUGGUGCCUGAAGGCCUUCAAUCUCCACGGGGUACACCUGAUAGUGAGAGCUCUCAAGGAAGCUUGGAACUUCUGAGCUAUGAGGAAAGCCAAAAGAGCAAACUAGAGUCUGUCAUUUCAGAUGAAGGAGACUUGCAGUUUCCGUCACCUAAGAUAUCCAGCAGUCCAAAAUUUGAUUCACGGGACAAUGCCCUCAGUGCCUCAAAUGAGACUAGCUAUGCAGAGCAUUUGAAGGAUGGAACUAUGAAGGAAAAGGUGGUCUGCAGUUCUGAGUCUAUUACCUGUAAACCACAGCUGAAAGACUCCUUCAUUUCAAAUAGUCUACCUACUUUUUUUUAUAUCCCCCAACAAGACCCACUGAAAACAAAUUCCCAACUAGACACAAGUAUCCAAAGAAACAAACUAUUGGAAAAUGAAGACACACCAGGGGAAGCUCUUACUUUGGAUAUCAACAGGGAAACUAGAAGGUAUCACUGCUCAGGAAAAGAUCAAAUUGUUCCUUCUUUGAAUACAGAGUCUUCUAAUCCUGUGCUUAAGAAGUUAGAAAAGCUAAACACUGAGAAGGAAGAAAGGCAAAAGCAGUUGCAGCAACAGAAUGAAAAAGAGAUGAUGGAACAGAUUCGCCAGCAAACAGAUAUUUUAGAGAAGGAGCGCAAAGCCUUCAAGACAAUUGAAAAGCCAAGAAUUGGAGAGUGUUUGGUGGCACCAUCUUCCUAUCAGUCAAAGCAAAGAGUAGAGAGGCCAUCCUCUCUCCUCAGCUUAAAUACCUCAAAUAAGGGAGAACUUAAUGUACUGGGGUCCCUAUCAGUAAAAGAUGCAGCUCUUGCCCCAAAAGACAGUUCCUCUGCUCACUUAACCCCAAAGGACCGACCUGUCACCGUGUUCUUUGAAAGAAAAGGAAGUCCAUGCCAAUCCAGUACUGUCAAGGAAUUAUCCAAGACAGACAGAAUGGGCACCCAGCUGAAUGUAGCCUGUAAACUCUCUAAUAAUCGCAUUUCAAAAAGAGAACACUUUAGGCCAACUCAGUCUUAUGGCCACAAUUCUGAUGACCUUUCCAGAGAGGGAAAUACUAGGCCCAUUUUCUUCACUCCAAAGGACAAUAUGAGUAUUCCCCUGGUCAGCAAAGAAGCCUUAAACAGUAAAAAUCCUCAACUCCAUAAAGAAGAUGAACCAGCAUGGAAACCUGUGAAGUUAGCUGGGCCAGGCCAAAGAGAGGUUGCCAGACCGGCCCAUAAAAAGAAAGCUCGAAUGGCGCGGACGCGCUCCGAUUUCUUGACUAGAGGUACUUUUGCCGAUGGGGAGGGGGAUACAGAGGAAGAUGAUUACGAUGACAUUAUUGAGCCCCUUCUCUCCCUUGACCAAGCUUCUCACUGUGAGCUAGGGCCUGCACCCAGCCUGGGUCAGGCCUCUCACAGUGACUCCGAAAUGACAUCACAGCGAUUUUCGUCAGUUGAUGAACAAGCAAAGCUUCAUAAGACUAUGUCUCAAGGAGAGAUUACCAAGUUGGCAGUGAGACAGAAGCCUUCAGAUUCAGAUAUAAGACCUCAGAGAGCUAAGAUGAGAUUCUGGGCCAAAGGGAAACAAGGGGAGAAGAAGACUACGAGAAUGAAACCUACUACCCAGUCAGAGGUUUCGCCACUCUUUGCAGGCACAGAUGUGAUUCCAGCUCAUCAGUUUCCAGAUGAAUUAGCUCCAUAUCACCCAACACCUCCUUUGAGCCCAGAACUGCCCAGCAGUUGCCGGAAGGAGUUCAAAGAGAACAAAGAACCUUCUCCAAAGGCUAAGCGCAAGCGAAGUGUGAAGAUUAGCAAUGUGGCUUUGGAUUCUAUGCAUUGGCAGAAUGACUCUGUCCAGAUCAUUGCAAGUGUCAGUGAUUUAAAAAGCAUGGAUGAAUUUCUUCUGAAAAAGGUGAAUGACCUAGAUAAUGAAGACAGCAAGAAGGAUACACUAGUGGAUGUUGUAUUUAAAAAAGCCCUGAAGGAAUUUCGGCAGAAUAUCUUCAGCUUUUAUUCAUCUGCGUUGGCAAUGGAUGAUGGGAAAAGCAUACGGUAUAAAGACCUCUAUGCACUAUUUGAACAGAUUCUGGAAAAGACGAUGAGGCUUGAGCAGCGUGAUUCACUGGGUGAAUCUCCAGUGAGAGUUUGGGUCAACACUUUUAAAGUGUUUUUAGAUGAAUAUAUGAAUGAAUUUAAGACUUCAGAUUGCACAGCCACAAAGGUGCCAAAAACAGAAAGAAAGAAAAGAAGGAAAAAAGAAACUGAUUUGGUAGAAGAACACAAUGGUCACAUCUUUAAAGCCACCCAAUAUAGCAUCCCUACAUACUGUGAAUACUGUUCUUCUUUGAUAUGGAUAAUGGACCGAGCCUCUGUUUGCAAAUUAUGCAAGUAUGCUUGCCAUAAGAAGUGCUGUCUGAAAACCACAGCCAAGUGCUCUAAAAAGUAUGAUCCAGAGCUGUCAUCUCGACAAUUUGGGGUUGAACUGUCCCGUUUGACCAGUGAAGACCGAACUGUUCCUUUAGUAGUGGAAAAGCUCAUAAACUACAUUGAAAUGCAUGGACUGUAUACAGAAGGUAUUUAUCGAAAGUCUGGUUCGACUAAUAAAAUCAAGGAGCUUCGGCAGGGUCUAGAUACAGAUGCUGAGAGUGUAAAUCUAGAUGACUAUAACAUACACGUCAUUGCAAGUGUAUUCAAACAAUGGCUUCGAGAUUUGCCCAAUCCUCUCAUGACCUUUGAACUCUAUGAGGAAUUUCUUCGAGCUAUGGGACUUCAGGAGAGGAAGGAGACAAUCCGUGGUGUAUACUCUGUGAUUGAUCAGCUCUCCCGAACUCAUCUCAGUACACUGGAACGCCUCAUCUUUCAUCUAGUCAGGAUUGCUCUACAGGAAGACACUAAUCGAAUGUCUGCUAAUGCUUUGGCCAUUGUGUUUGCGCCCUGCAUUCUCCGCUGCCCUGACACCACUGACCCACUACAAAGUGUACAGGACAUCAGUAAGACUACCACCUGUGUGGAGCUGAUCGUUGUGGAACAAAUGAAUAAAUACAAGGCUCGUCUCAAAGAUAUCAGUAGCUUGGAAUUUGCUGAGAAUAAGGCAAAGACCAGGUUGUCACUGAUUCGUAGAUCAAUGAAACCUGUACUAAUUGCAGUUAGAUUCAUGAACAUUACCCGCAAUUCAGUCUCGGGAAAGGGGCGUAUUCGUCGAGGAAACUAUCCAGGUCCAUCGUCUCCUGUUGUAGUUCGGUUGCCUUCUGUGUCUGAUGUCUCAGAGGAGACUUUGACUAGUGAGGCAGCCAUGGAGACUGACAUCACAGAACAGCAGCAAGCAGCUAUGCAGCAGGAGGAGAGAGUACUGACUGAGCAGAUUGAGAACCUACAGAAGGAGAAGGAGGAGCUAACAUUUGAGAUGCUUGUACUAGAACCACGUGCCUCUGAUGAUGAAACCCUUGAGUCUGAGGCCUCCAUUGGGACUGCUGAUAGCUCAGAAAAUUUGAAUAUGGAGUCUGAAUGUGCUAUCUCUGAGAAAUCGGAGAGAAGCUUAGCCUUUAGCUCCCUGAAGACAGCUGGCAAGUCUGAACCUUCCAGCAAGUUGCAAAAGCAACUUAAAAAGCAGCAAGAUUCUUUAGAUGUCGUGGACUCUUCGGUCUCCUCUUUAUGUCCGUCUAACACGGCAUCAUCUCAUGGGACCAGAAAACGAUUUCAGAUUUAUUCCAAAUCUCCAUUCUACCGAGCUGCCUCAGCUAAUGAGGCCCUGGGAAUGGAAGGACCAUUGAGCCAGACCAAAUUCCUGGAAGACAAGCCUCAGUUCAUCAGCAGAGGAACCUUCAACCCGGAAAAGGGCAAACAAAAAUUAAAGAAUGUGAAAAACUCACCUCAGAAAACCAAAGAGACCCCAGAGGGGACAGUCAUGUCUGGCCGCAGAAAAACUGUGGACCCAGACUGCACCUCCAACCAACAGCUAGCACUCUUUGGAAAUAAUGAAUUUAUGGUCUGAACCGGCAGAUGUGUGUCCCUCCAUGGCUACAGAGAGGUAAACACAUCUCACCUUUGGGGCUGCGUUUCAUCACCUCAUCCACAAUAGUCAGUCCUAAUUGUGGUCCUGCCUCUUUUCUAAGCAUAUGGCUAAGACUGUAUGUGCUGAAUUCCUGGGCCUCCUGCAGAAGCAGAAAGCCUGCUGGGGAUGGUGCCAGCUGUGCCUUGGCUGCUGUAUUUGAAUUGAGAUUUUACUAUACAAAGCCACCUAGGGCCUGGGGAUUUGGGUCAGUUGUAGUUGCCUCUCCCCCACCCUCUUUUCCCUUCCCAAAGGUGGGUGUUGAACUAGGGGGGAUAUUGCUGUCCUGAGGGACCCUGUCAUUUCUGACAUUUGAAGAAAACGUAUAAAUCUUUCUUAACCAUGAAAGCAAAAGCCUUUGGGUUUAUUUUGGGAUAGUUAGGAGCUAGGGUAGAAUAUAAUUUUUUUCCAAAAACUUACUUACAAACAAAAAGCCUAAUCCCUCUAUUUUAAGAUUUCUGAAAAAACACUCCAUGUUAUAUUCUGAGGAAAGCAAAAGAAAAAAAAAAGUGAUUGUUUCUGUUAAGCUAUCAGAGCGUGUCUCAGAUAUCUUGUUAUACAGUGAAGAAGAGAAUACCUAUUUUGUUUUUUGAUGAUGUUUGAUGUCAUAAUAAUCAGUGCUGGUUUAACUCCUGUUUAGUUCCUGCCAAAUACAUUGCAUGGGCUGAAGCGUCAGUAGCCACACUGUUCUCAUGUUUCUUGGUCCUAGGAUCAGAUUCUUCUACAUUAUUUUUUAGUUUCCCAGAGACAUGGUGAUCCCUAAACUUAUGAAGAUUUCAUCCCAAGCCAUUCAGGCUUUUCUCUUUGUAUAGAUUAAACCGAAAACCGCAUAUGAGCCUGUUCAUCUGCUGGUGGAUUCCCACCACAGAGUCAAACAAAUAAUGUGACCAUUUAGUUAGUUCUCCAAAAACAUUCACGUACAAUAUUGCAUGAAUAAGUGUUACAGAAAGCUGCCAAAAAAUAAAAAGGUUUUUAAUAUGACCUAUCUAACUUUUAUCUUCCUUUUCUCAGACCAUCAGUAUUAAAUAAUAGAUGAUGGAAAAAAAUCAAGGACUACUUGAAGCUAUUUUUGUUAAUACUCUGGUUACUGAAGUUUAUUGUAAAUAUGUAUGUACAGUAGGCAUAUUUCUUUUUAACCUUGUGCUUCCCUCCUUCCCAUGGAAUUUCUUCCCACAGAUUAGGGGCCACUGGACAGGGGGAUGAGAGCCAUUCAUCCCUGGGUUGAGGGAAUAGUAAGACAUCAUUUUCACCACUGGGUGGUCUUCAUACACAUGAAUUAUAAUAGCAUUUUAAGCAUCUUAGCAUUUGUGGGAUUAGAAAUCUGUUUUUGCUAUUUAUAAUAUAUAAAAAAUGAAACAUGAUAGCCUUUCUUGAGAUAGAUAAGUAUGUGAAAUGUUUAUUUUUAAAGUUACUAAAUGCAUCUUGUCUUGCUACUACAUGCACUGCUCUGAAAAAGAGCCUUUACCAUCUAUAACCUGUAUUUUGGUUAUUCUUCCUUUUCAUACUUCUUUGAAGUUGUGGAAAUACUAAGUCUUUUGUUAAGGCAGAGUCUCUCCUGUUACACAACACUGAACCUCAUGCCACUGCCUCAGUGGUUAUUGGCCAGCCCCAGAGGUUAGACUUGGAGCAUAAUUCUGAGUGGCAGCUAAAGGUAGCAGGAGUCUUACCUCUCCCUGCUUUGGGUUCAGAAUUGAGCCAGAGAAAGGAAGCUUUUAAAAUCUCCAGAAUAAUGAUGGUUAAUGAGCAAAUGUUAUGCUUUAUAUCCCACAGACAUCUGCCACCUUGUUCAUCUUGUCCUGAGGAGUAAUAAAUGUUAAGCUUUUAAAAAUCUGAAUUUCAGAGAAUCUCCUAAAGGAUUAGAGGAAAACCCCUCAGCAUGGUGUGUCAGAGUGGGAUUGCUGGUUCCUUAGCCCUGUGCCAGGUUGCACAGUCUGUGUUUCAGUGUUCUUGGGGGAGUAGUGUAUUGCUGGGCAUUAAUUGUUACUCUGCACUUGCUCCAGAACGUUGGUUAAAUCCUGUAUGUAAAAAAAGAGAUUGCUCUUAUCAAAUAAUUUCCUGUGGCCCAGAGGAAUGGCCAGGAGAACACAUGUUGGCACAUGUUCUUCCUUUGAAAUCUUUGUGGGGUUUUUUUUGGCAAAAUAAAUUUUUUGGCAGUUAAAAAAUGACUGAUGUAGAUCACUUUAUAGGAACUAGGUGAUGGAUGUUAAGAGACUUUAUAAUUUUUCUCAGGGACCUGAAACUCCAAUUUGGGUAAAAUUCAAUUAAAAAAAAAAAAACUUGUUUUUUCAGUUGCUAGAUUUGUGGAUUUCUAGUCAUUUAAUCUGCCAGGAUUGGGGUGGGUGGGUGAGGGGGAGAGAUCCACAAAAUGGUAAGAGUGGAGAGCAGUGUGGGGCCCUCCCUUUGAGGGAAAGCCGUUGUUUACAUAGGGUAGUAGGCCUUGUUGGCCUGAUCAAGAGAUGAAGCCAUAACUCUUAAAAACCUUCAGAACCAAAUGCUGUGUCUGCAUCCAUCUGUUCUCACUGGCCCUCUGCGUGGUAAAGUUAUGUCACCACAAAGUGAUGCCACAUUACAAUCACUUAUGAAACUGUUAGCCCUUAAUAUGCAUCAUUUGUGGUUCCGUAGUGCUUCUCCUUUGCUUGUUUGUUUUGAUCUCUGUGUGGCAGCAGUGGGGCAGCUCCACAUUUGGAGCCCAUACUCCAAAAUGCAGAGCACUCUACUCACAGCACACAUUCCCAGCCCCAAACAAAACCUGAAUUUUCAACUCUGCCCAUUAAAGUGAAUGUAUCCCUGUAAUUUAGUAUGUACUUAUUAUGGAAAAUGUAACAAAAGCAGGGAAGUGUGAUUUCAUUCUGUAUCACAAAUUGAAGCAAAUUAACAGCAAAUACAGCAGGAUUCAGGGAGGCUUAGUUUACAACGUACUUUGUACCUCCUGCCAUUUAAAUUAUUUUGCCACUCUGGGCUCCUGAAAACACAAAGGGAGAUACAGCCCUCCAACUAUGAGCCUUGCAGAGAGAGACAAAAGGGCCAGAGGUCCUGGGAUGGAAUACUAGAGCCCCCACCUUCUCAUGCUUUGGAAACCUGCCAGAGCACUUACCCUGCUGGAAGAUUAAUGAAGACUCCAUUCUGUGUUUCAUAACAGUAGAGUUGUUUUCUCCGUCAAAAACAGAGGGUCACAGAAAUGUGCUGAAAAGAUGUGGUCCAGCAAGGUUCUGUAGUCCCACCUCAGUGCCUGUGGGCUGUGUUUUUAACUGUAACAAGCACUUUGGUAAACUAGAAAGAAAGAAGAAAGGAUUCUCAGGAUGUGUUCAAAGCUAAGAGAGUUUUCAUUUUAAACAGAAACAUACUCCAUGGCUUUCCUCAUCCUCCUCUCUUUUUUCUUCUUGGUGGGAAGCUGGAUGCGGGGCAUGCAUCAUUCUGUAUGGACAAAUGUGUUAUGUCCACCCAUACUCUUGUGACAACUCCCCAGCACUGUCCCGCAAUACCAUGCUGGCCUUGGUAGUAAAACUCCUUGGUAUCCGUGAGAGUCCUCUUUUUCUAUGCCCUAGGCUACUUUUAACCACUUUUCUCUGGAAUGACUCCCACAUUUGAUUGGUAUUGAAAGGGUAACAGCAAAAUGAUGAUUGUGGAGAUGGAUCUAUUAGGUCUCAUAUUGGUCCCCUGGUUGAAACUAUUUUCAAAAAAGCCCCAACAAUGGGCCUGUCACCUUGCUAGUCAUCCAUUCUUAAUGCCUAUUUAUCAAUCAGCCCUCUGAGGUCAUAUAAAAGUUGCACCUUUUGAACCAAGUAUUUGUAUUUACUAUGGGAAAGGUGUGGACUACAGAUUAGUAUUAUAUUAUUUUAAUGGAUUUUAAGUAAUUUAUAAGUAUGCUGAGUGUAAAUUUUUAAGAAAAACUGUAUUAUAAAAGGACAUAUCCUGUGACAUAUAACAUUUUACUGUUUAAUAGAAUAAUUCUAUAAGAAGAAUGAUUUAUCUCACCCACGGAACUGAUUACAUUCCGGAUGCAAUCAACAGGCACUUUGUAAUUUCCUUUUUGUUUUUUUCUUUGCCGGGGGGUUGAGGGGUAACAAGAUAUCAUCUGUAUAAAGUACAGUUUGUGUCACUCAAAAUAUGCACUGUAUGGCUACACAAAAGCAGCUUGAUGAACAAAUCACCCCAUGGCUCAUUAAAGAACAAAGCUUCCAGAAA